GCGGCUGGCCACUCCGUGAGCUCUCUUUGCGCCCGCACGUCCGCCGCUAUUCGCGACUGAUGCGCCUUGCACCUUUUUUUGUGUGGUUAAUAUCGGCGCACAUGUGCCCGCAAAUUAUAUUUACCUUCCUCUGAAAAUGUGCAAGGCGCUGUCCGUCCACUCACACAUACUGUGCGCGUGUGGCUAAACUCGUCUCGCUCUCGCUCGCUCGCUCGCUCUCUCCCUCUCGCUCUCUCGCUGGGCUACAAGCUACUAGCUUUUUUUUUCCACACUCGCUAGCGAGCUAACGUUAGCGUGGCCGCUCUGGUUGACUUGAGAACAAGUAAAACACACGAAUGUAGAACGCCGUUUUUUGGGGGGGUUUUUUUUGGGGUGUAUUUUUUUUUUUUGGUCAACUGUCAAAUCUGUGCCAACCGCCGCUAACGGGGCUAGCUUCGCAAUCGGGUGUGUUAGCGUGUGUUGUAUGAUUCGUGGUGGAAAACACUUCGCUGGCUAGCUCUCUGGCUAGCCGUUUGUGCGUUAUUCUUCGACCGAGGGAAAACGGCGAGUUUUCUUUGAAAGUAUGGAUGACCAGACCAGGAUGUUGACGGGGCUUCCCGGACUCGGUGGACUAUCGCAAGCCGACGUGGGCGAUCCGGACUCGGUCAGAAAACAACAGUCUCUCGGUCAACCUCAGCAAGACAUCGGGGAUAUCCUACAGCAAAUAAUGGCCAUCACCGAUGAGAGCCUGGACGAAGCGCAGGCCAGGAAACACGCCCUGAACUGUCACAGAAUGAAGCCAGCCCUCUUCAGUGUUCUCUGUGAGAUCAAAGAGAAGACUGUGUUGAGUAUCCGUGGUGUGCAGGAGGAGGACCCACCAGACCCACAAAUCAUGCGUCUGGACAACAUGCUACUAGCAGAGGGUGUGUCAGGACCGGAGAAGGGCGGGGGAUCGGCCGCGGCCGCUGCAGCUGCAGCUGCAGCAGGAGGCUCACCCAACGACGGCAGCAUCGAGCACUCUGACUACAGGGCCAAGCUGGCUCAGAUCCGCCAGAUAUACCACUCUGAGCUAGAGAAAUACGAGCAGGCAUGCAGUGAGUUCACCAACCACGUAAUGAACCUGCUGAGAGAGCAGUCACGCACACGGCCCAUCUCUCCCAAGGAGAUCGAGCGCAUGGUGGCCAUCAUCCACCGCAAGUUCAGCUCCAUUCAGAUGCAGCUCAAACAGAGCACUUGUGAGGCCGUCAUGAUCCUGCGCUCCCGCUUCCUUGACGCCAGACGUAAGAGGCGCAAUUUCAACAAGCAAGCAACGGAAGUGCUGAAUGAGUACUUUUACUCCCACCUGUCUAAUCCUUACCCCAGUGAGGAGGCCAAAGAGGAGCUGGCCAAAAAGUGUGGGAUCACUGUCUCUCAGGUCUCUAAUUGGUUCGGCAACAAGAGAAUACGCUACAAGAAGAACAUCGGUAAGUUCCAGGAGGAAGCAAACCUCUACGCAGUUAAAACAGCAGUGGACGCUGCCAGCGUGUCGGCGCAGGCUAGCCAGGCCAACUCCCCGGCGACGCCCAACUCAGGUGGAUACCCUGCACCGUGCUACACACCUGACGGGCGGCUAUGAGGAGCUGUCCGCUAGCGGCCUCUACACCCCUCACCACCUGGACGCCAAUAACAGCUGGCAGGACACCGCCAACCCCACCAUGGUCACUUCUCCACCUGGACCCCCUGGCAGCGUCCAUUCUGACACCUCCAACUGAGACGGCGCCUCUCCCACCACCCCACCACCCCUCUGCCAUCACUUCUGCACCCACUGGUCUGAUGCAACCCCCCCCACUCCCCAAUCUCUGGCUGUCCCCAUCCCUGGACUGUUGGACUACUCAGCCAUGCCAGGCUGUAACAAGCUCUCAUUAAACACACCAUGCAGGACCGGACAACUCGACAGUUGCUGUGAGGAAUUUGCCUUUCACCCUCACAACGCAAUGUUGAAAAGCUGGAGGAUUUGUAACUGCAAGGAGGAAAGAGGAAUAGAACUGACUGAUGCAGAAAUUGAUUUAGAAAAGAAAAGAAAAACCCUCUUCACUCUGUUAAGGACUUAAAUGAAAAACACUGACCCAGCUGUGUAGGUGAUCAUGAUGUCUGUACAUUAUCUGUGUAUAUGCACGUCUUGACUUGACCGGUACUCCACACAGCCUGUCCAUGUGCUGUUAACCUCUG